GGUAGGGAUUUGGCUUUUCGGAUUAAAAGUUAAAUUUAGAAUAAAUAGAAUUUUAUGAUUUUAUACUGAUUGUCCGUCUCAAUAGUGACUUAAAUUUACAUGGGUAAUAAUUGUAAUAUAAGUCAAAUCCACGUAGAUAAAAUUUACUAUCAAUACUUUUUCAAAAGGUUUAAGAAUAGUAUAAGUUAUUAAAAUAUUAUUGAAGUCAGAACUAUUCAGAAACAAAAUAAUUUUUGCAUAUAUCUAUUAUGAUAAUAUACAUUUUUAUGACCGAUUUAUAAAUACUGAUAACAUUUACCCACUGUAUUAUGUUCAUUUCAAUUCUUUUUAAAUAGUAAUUAUUACGGAUACUUAUUCAAACGUGGGAAAUAUUAAAUUCUACAAUUUCAAAUUUUAUUGCUUUAGACGAUUUUAAAAGAAAUAUUUUUCCUAUAACUGCAUAUUUCUAAUAUAAAAAUAAAAAUUCGAAUUCAGUAUGUCUUUUUUACCAGUAACACACGUUAUUUUUGACAUGGAUGGCUUAAUAUUAGAUUCAGAAAAAGUCUACUUAGAAAGUAUUACUGAAGUACUAAAUAGAUAUGGAAAAGUUUAUACAAAUGACUUGCGUUUAAAAGUAAUGGGAACAAUACCAAUUAAUACAGCCUCAAUUAUUAUAAAAGAACUUGGUAUGGAAGUAGCACCUAAUGAUUUGAUGGCAGAAUUUUAUAUUAAUCAAUUAGAAAAAAUGACCAAUGUGCCACUAAUGCCAGGCGCUGAAAAAUUAAUUACUCAUUUACAUAAAAGUAAUGUGCCAAUAGCUGUAGCUACAAGCAGUGGCAAAGAAACAUUUAAAGUAAAAACGGCUAUCCAUCAGGAAUUGUUUUCAAAAUUUCAUCAUAUUGUAUUAGGAAGUGCUGAUCCAGAAGUGAAAGAGGGUAAACCAUCUCCUGAUAUAUUUCUAGUUUGUGCUACUCGUUUUAAAGAUAAACCUAACUCCGAAAAUUGUUUAGUAUUCGAAGAUGCUCCAAAUGGAGUAACUGCUGGUAUAAAGGCUGGAAUGCAAGUUGUAAUGGUACCAGAUAAAAUUAUCCCAAUCGAAAAAACAACUCAUGCUACUCAAGUGAUAACAUCUCUUGAAGAUUUCAAGCCAGAAGAUUUUGGACUACCACCUUUUAAUUAGUUUUUAACAAUUUUGAAACUAAUUAAGUUGUUAUCUUAUAG